GUUUUUAUGGCGGCACUGGUUGUUGUGAAAACGACUUAACCCCUAAAUUCUGUAUUAUUUUAAAUGUUUAUGGCAGAAGAAAUAGAUUCUGGAAAAAAUGGAGAUUCUCCAACAGAGAAAACAGUACCUAUGGAUACUCAAGAAAAACAGUUGAACAAAGAGCUUGAUUUAUCAAAAUCCGUAGAAAAUGAAAAGAGGCCGAUUGAACAAUCUGGAAAUUGCUACUGUGGGAAGGAAAGAAACUUGAACAUUGUCGAACUUCUCUGUGCAAACUGUAAUAGAUGGUUCCAUGAAUCUUGCAUAGGUUAUCAGUUAGGAAAACUGGUACCAUUUUUAUCAAACUAUAUAUUUUUAUGUAAAAACUGUUCACCGACUGGACUUGAAAGUUUUAAGAAAAGUCAAGCACAAAUAUCGCAAAUGUGUGUUACGGCUAUUGCAAAUCUUCAACAGACUAGUUUUAAGGAAGGAAUUAAUAAAAUGAUGUUUAGCAAAGAAAAAGAAAUUAUACCAUAUAUUGAAUAUCAUUGGGAAGCUUUAACUACAACAUCAAGAAGAGUAACUCAAUCAUGGCAUGUCACUGUUACUAAAGCUCUUAUUAAAGAUAUUCACGUUUUAUUUGUGUUUGAAGAUAAUUUUUCUGAAGGUAAUAUGUAUGGACUAGUAAACACAGACUUAACACAAAUUAAACCAAACUAUGAAGCUAUGAUUAAAGGAGGAACACUUAAAGUAACUGAUAUGGGCAUUCAGCAUGUUCCAGUAGCAGGAGGAGUAAAGUCAAGAAAUGCGAAAAGGAAGUUUCCUGGAGACCUAGGAAAUUUAGGAAAAAAAGGUAGAGGAGUGGACUUGGGAACUCCAAAGUUACCAGCUCAUGGAUAUCCAUUGGAUCACCCAUUUAACAAAGAUGGCUAUAGAUAUUUGCUGGCGGAACCUGAUCCGCAUGCACCUUUUAGACAGGAAUUUGAUGAAAGUUCAGAUUGGGCUGGGAAGCCAAUACCUGGGUGGUUAUAUCGAACAUCCAUUCCAGGCACAGUAUUGUUGGCAUUGCAUGACAGAGCACCUCAAUUAAAAAUAUCUGAGGAUCGUCUAGCAGUUACAGGAGAAAAGGGAUAUUCAACUGUUAGAGCUACACACUCUGUUACUAAAGGAAUUUGGUACUGGGAGGCAACAAUAGAGGAGAUGCCUGAAGGUUCUGCAACUAGACUGGGUUGGGGCCAAGAUUAUGCUAAUUUACAAGCACCUCUGGGUUAUGAUAAAUUUGGGUAUUCAUGGAGAUCAAAAAAAGGGACACGAUUUCAUGAAUCUGCGGGAAAACACUACAGUUCUGGCUAUGGCGAAGGGGAUACCCUUGGAUUUAUGAUCGCAUUACCACAAAAUGUUACUACUAAGCUAGUACCUAACACUUACAAAGAUCGGCCUCUUGUGAAAUUUAAAAGUCACCUUUACUACGAAGAUAAAGACAAUGUUCAGGAGAGAUUAAAAUCGUUGGUUCCUCUUUCUAGGAGUAAAAUAUUAUAUUUUAAGAAUGGUGAAUGUCAGGGUGUAGCUUUUGAAGGGAUUUAUCAAGGUUCAUACUACCCCACAAUUUCCCUCCACAAAAAUGUAACGGUCUCUGUAAAUUUCGGACCAUCAUUCAAGUAUCCACCGUCCACAGAGAAAUACAGUUAUAGAGCCAUGUCUGAGAGAGGAGAAGAAGCUAUAUCCGAUCAAACUUUAGCGGAUAUCUUAUACUUGACAGAAAAUGAAGGAAAGUUGCGAUUAGACAGUUUCGUUCUUUGACAGUAAUACUUUAUUAUCAUUUCA